AUGCAACGCUAUAAGAUUCUUUCACUGGUUGUAGGUGCAGAUAGGAAUAUCCAGCCUCGAGGAGUAACACAUAACCAGGCAAGCAUUCCAUCAGCGCAGCUAUUUACAGGUUCCAAUGUAUGGUCAGUCAAGGAUACACGUAAGAGUAACAUUCGGGUAAAUGGUGACACAGUAAGAUGUUGUAUCGAAGGUUGCUGCCUUUUACCUUCUGGGGAUAUUGUGUUAGCAGACAACGGUAACCACAAUCUGAAGAAACUCAAUGACAUGUACCAGGUGAUCAGUGUGUGUUAUAUGUCUGACAAACCCUAUGGUGUUUGUUAUAUCGAUAACAAUACAGCUGCAGUAACACUGAACUCCAAUAAACUGCAGUUUGUGGAUAUUAGGGGAGGUAUGACACUUACCAAGUCUGUUGAUGCAGGUCAUCCUUGUAGGGGAGUGACCUAUCUCAAUAACCAGUUAUAUGUUAUAGAUAACAGGUCCGUCUAUAUAUACAGUAAAGACGGUAUAAAGCAGCGUAUUUUAUAUACUCAUAAUUUUGAUAUGACCAGUUUCAAAAAUAUUGCACUAAGUGAUGAUGGCAGUUUGAUAUACAUCUCAAACUGGAUUCGCAAACUUACAACCAUUGACAGCUCAGGAAACCACCUGCACACAUUUACUGAUUCAGAAUCCGGUGAAGUAAGUGGAGUUUGUGUAGAUGGUGAAGGUCAUGUCUUGGUAUCUUACCAAGGCUCAUACAAGAUACUACAAUUUAGUUCUGAUGGUAAGAAGAAACUAGGAAUCAUAUCAGGACCUGAUUGCAUAUACUGGGCAAGAACAUUGUGUUUUGAUAAAGAAAAUACAACUUUGGUAGUAGCUGGUGCUGAUGAUAAUAUCAAUGUUUUAAAACUAUAG